AUGUCACCGCAUGUUAAAAAGCUGCCAGGAGAGGGUAGGACGGACUUCAAUAAACGCCGAGGAUAUGUUCAUCAACAACGUACCAAGUCGAAGAAGAACGUCACAAUACGGGCUGAGCGCGACGCCAACCUGGCUCAAAACCGACAGGCGCAGGUCGACCUUGAGAGAGCAGAACAGCAAGCGAAGAACGAGGUCUUCGAGAGCAUCGUGAAGACUCUCAAGGAGGCGAAGAUUCCCUGGGGCGACUUUGUCGAGUGGAUAUCAAAUCCGACCUCGGGCCACCGUGAGGAGCGAUGGAGUGAAUUCUUCAGGAACGGUAAGCAAGUAAACCGAGUCCUCGACAUGUGGGCGUACCGGAACACAAAGACGGCGAUGGGAACCAUUAGCGAGUGGGCAGUCAAGCAUGUCGGUCGGGAAGUCCGUCUUGAGGCAGAUGCUUUGACGCGGUCUGGCGUACUUCAGGGCAGAAAGGUGGAGGUGACUGAGGAUUUCUUGCAGGAGCUGGACAUAUCAGACUUCCUCCGACGCGUGCGGGAGAAAUGCCCUACCAUGGCGGCCGUGAUGAGCGAGUUCAGCACUACCCUGCGACAGCGGAGACAGAAUGCACUUGACGACGCGGGAGGGAAAGAUUGGUCAGCGCGCAACAAACGAAAGGAAAUACGCAUAGGAAUUGCACUUGCUGACCUGUUGGGCGAGCGCAGUCAGAACAACAGCCUUCUCAAGCACAUAAUGGGCCUAUAUCUGUUCGCGUCCGGAGCCUCACGCCAAACGAUCACUGUUCUUGCGUCGCUCGGCAUAUGCAGUAGCUAUGCUGCAAUAGCCGGGAGCAGCAAGACAUCAUCAGACGUGACACCCCACGCCGAACGCGCGCGCGCAGACUCCGAGUGCGCGCGCGAGGACUCUGAGCGCGCGCGCAGCCCACGCGAUCAAGCGCCCACUGCCCCGUCCUCGCCCUCGCCCAGGCUGCCGGCUGGCGCCGGUCUCCUUCGCCGACUCUCCAACACUGCUCGUCAUGCUGCCCGCUUUCUGGCUCACUCUACCCCUUUCGGUGCUGUGUAUGACAACAUCAACAUGGUAUUCAAGGUUUCCGAGCAAAUCGUCGGUCGCAAGGAUGCUCAAGAGAACGGGACCUGCACCACAAUAUUCCCUCUCUUCGAUGCCUCACCAAUCGACAUGAAGAGCUCCAACCUCCGUAAUUCUUUCGACACUGCCCCGCCCUUGAGCUUCAACCAGGUUAUGCUCUCUCCGACUGAGCUCACCUCUCUCCGCAACUCCCUCACCCACACCGUCUUGCGAGAGCUCGUCAACAACUGCGAGUACUUCUCCAAAUUCCGCUCGAAAGUUCUCAGCAGUGUACCGGAGGCUGAUGACCAGAUACCGCUCCAUAAGACCAAACCCUACACCCUCCCAGCUAUGAACAUUGAUGAGAGCAGCAUCGUCGGCAAUGCCGAAGUCCUCGACACCAUCAUGGAAGAGCUCGGGAUCGAUGUCGACUCCGACAAGUUCCCAGAACUUGUUCAACUCUUCUUUGGCGAUCAACUCUCGGUCGCCCGUGCACGCACCAUCAUGGCCAAUCGCGGCGGGCAUGAGAGGCUUGCCAAGUCGUACGGGUACGCCGUCUUUUGUCCCGGGCUCUUCCAUUACCAGAUGGCGCUGGUCAACGGCAUAAUGGAGACCCAUUUCGGCGAGACGGAGGGACCUGGCUCUCGCAACCCCAUAUCGCUCUCAUUCUUCAACACCCUUCUCAAUCGCAAGCCCAUCGUCCCCACAUCCCUCCCUCCCUAUCGCACAUGCCGCGAUCUCAUUUUCGUCUCGCUCACUGCGUGUGUACUCACGUGCUUCAAACUCGUCUCAGGACACGACUCGCUCAAAGAAUACGCCUCACAAGUCACGUACGACCAGCUCCUUGAAGACGCGCACACCAUCGAGGCCGUUCGCAACGGCGAGAAGUCUGGAGAAGAGGAGUACGAUGUCUAUGCAGACGCACUGAAGCACGGUGACCUGCUAUAUGAGAAUGCGUGUCUCUUCCUCCGCGACGCGCUGAUAGCCCGUGAAUUCACAGACGCGAUCAAGGGUGGAUACUCCGGGCGCAUCGUCCGUGUCCUGAAGCACCUCGCGCUUGCGUUCCGUGGGUGUGGCCGGACGAAGUACGCUUAUGAGCUGCUCCACCUCAUACACUCAGUAGAGGUUGUAUGGCCGAAGCCGUUGCACGACAUCAUACUCAAAAACUGGCUUGUCAAUCCGACAGGCAAGAAUAAUGCAUGGGUCCCGGUCGAUCUUAUGCAGGAACACAUGAACUUUUGGACAAAAAUUGUAUACAAGGCGCAAGGGAGCAACGCGUCAUGGGAAUGGCUGUCAAUGAUCACACCGUGCAUCACCCUCUUCCGUCAGCUCAUCUUGCAAAUGAACUCGCAGCAAGGCACACGGCUCGGAACCAAGCACCACACCCCAUCCAUUGAGCGCGAUCUUGCCUGCUUGCAAGAUUCAAUGCACGCACACGAGAUUUUCGUCCACACCCCCGGGAGAUACCUUCGUGGCCUCAAGAAGCCGCUCGUUCCCGAUGUAGUCACGACAGGCGCGCUCGCGCUCAGCAAACCCAUCGCUGAGUACAACGCGGCCUUCACGCGGCUUCAGGAACAGUUCCGCCAUGGUGCAGUCGAGGACAUGGGUCCAAAUGAUGACAUAGUCUCGGUACGUACUCGUGCGACUCCUUGUUGCACCGUCGAUCUCACGCAGCAUGCAGAAUACUGCCUCUGA